UCCUGGCCUGCUGACGUCACUUCCGGAUGAAGGACUGAUUGUGAGAUUCAGCAGGGACGAGUGGAUUAUUCUUAUUACAGACAUGAGACUGAAUUUGGUAUUAGCUGUCACUCUGAUGUCCAUCCCCAUGGCUCUUGUGCAAGGGGCUGAAAAGAAAAAACUGCAGAUUGGAAUCAAGAAAAGAGUGGACAACUGUCCUAUAAAGUCCCGAAAGGGAGACGUGUUGAACAUGCACUACACUGGGAAAUUGGAGGAUGGGACAGAAUUUGACAGCAGUAUACCAAGGAAUCAGCCCUUCACCUUCACUCUUGGCACGGGACAGGUCAUCAAGGGCUGGGAUCAGGGUUUGUUGGGGAUGUGUGAGGGUGAGAAGAGGAAGCUGGUUAUUCCCUCUGAGCUUGGUUAUGGCGACAGAGGAGCGCCACCUAAAAUUCCAGGUAAGAUGAUUAACAAUCCUUCCUUUAGUUCUUAACAUUGAGUC